UGACUUUCUUGUUCUAGGCAAAUGGUUGACUAAAAAUGAGAUCUUUUCUUGUAUAAAAUGUGACCAGAUCUCAAGAAAAACAAAUCUCACAAAUAUUUUUAUUUUUUAUCUUCUUAAAAAAUUCAUUUCAGAAUGGUUUCAUCAGAAACUAAACCUAAUAGUUCAGCAAAGAUCAAAUUAAUUGAUGGAAGAAACUUGGCUUAUAAAGAAAGAGGUGUUCCUAAAGACAAAUCAAAUUACAGAAUUAUUAUGGUUCAUGGCUUUGACAGCUCCAAAGAAAGAGAUUUUCUUGCACCUAAGGAACUUAUGAACAAAAUGGGAAUAUAUAUAGUUCAAUUUGAUAGAGCUGGAUAUGGAGAAAGUGAUCCAAAUCCUAAAAGAUCACUAAGGAGUGAAGCAUCUGAUAUUGAGGAAUUAGCUGAUCACUUGGAAUUAGGAUCCAAAUUCUACAUAAUUGGUUUUUCAAUGGGAUCUUACCCAACCUGGAGUUGCAUCAAACACAUUUCACAUAGGUUAGCAGGGGUGGCAUUUGUGGUUCCCAUUGUGAAUUACCAAUGGCCAUCUCUCCCGGAUUCUCUAACAAAGGACGAUGAACGGAAGAGGUGGUACAAAAGGAUGACGUUGGUUGCAAGAUUUGCUCCUCGAUUAUUGCAUUGGUGGUUGAUUCGAAAAUCAUCGCUAUCUUCCUCUGCUGAUAACUCAAAACCUACAUACUUCACCGCCAAGGACUUAGAGCUAUUGAAGAACGCACCUGGAUUUCAAUUUCUUACCUCGGAAAAGCUAAAGAGCAAAAGUGUUUUCAACAACCUUUGUAGCGACUUCCUCGUGGCUUUUAGUAAAUGGGAUUUUGAUCCUUUGACGCUUAGCAAUCCUUUUCCUGAAAAUGAUCAAAAUUUUGUUCAUAUCUGGCAUGGCUGUGAAGACAGAUUUAUUAAUUUGAAACUACAAAGACAUGUCUCGGAAAGGUUACCUUGGAUACAAUAUCAUGAAGUUCCUGAUGGCGGACAUUUGUUGAUUUAUGAUACUAUAGUCUGUGAAGCCAUCUUAAAGUCUCUUUUGCUAGGAGAGGACACACCACUCUAUACACCUAAUUUUACUUAGCGAGCGUCACACCCCUUUUUCACCAAGCUAUUCUGAUUUCUGGUCUUUGAAAAAUGGGAAACGGAAAGAGCUUCGUUUGGUGAAAAAGGGGUGUGACACUGAGACAUUAAGUUCUAGUUCUAAAUGACUUUCUGUUGUGUCAAGUUCUUCUCACCCCAAAAAUCUUUGAUCCCCUCAGCCUUAAGAGGUCGCAGCUGGAAAUUUUCUCUAGAAUUUGCAGCUGUAAUACAUAACUUUCUAUAUAUAGCCUUGUGGCUAGCAAUUCAUUUGUGAUCUGUAGAAUAUCUGCAGACAUCAUCCAUUCAAAGUACUCAAGCUUUAACAAGAAUUUGUUUAUUUUGUUGCGUA